AUGGAGUACGAUUUCUCUAUUGAUCACGUGCCAGGCAAGAACCUGCACACCGCAGAUGUUCUCUCGAGGAACCCUGCGCAGAGAAGCAACGGAGGACAUCUGGAAAUCGCCUUAAAGGAUUACGAAGCCUUUGCCAUCGAAAGCCUGCCGGCGUCCGACAGCAUGCUGUCGCGCAUUAGACAAGCUCAGGAGGUAGACAGGACUCUGCAGUUGGUGACUCAAUACAGCGCUACACAGUGGCCAGAAACAAGAGAUCUCUCUCCUGAAGUUCGUCUUUACGCAAGCGUUGCAGCCGAGCUCUCAGUUGUGGACGGUCUUCUCCUUAGGGGCGCCCGUCUGGUCAUACCUCCUUCGCUUCGGAAACUACACGUGGGCCAUCAAGGCGUUUCAAGGUGCCCCGCUAACGCUCGCGAGACAGUCUGGUGGCCAGGAAUCAGCGCUAACCUUCAAGACUUCGUGCAGAAGUGCCCAACCUGCCAGGCACACAGGCGGCCAGGCGCCGAACCGUUGCUUCAGACUCCGCUUCCGGCGAGACCGUGGGAGGUAAUCGGCAUGGACAUUUUCUACGCCAAGUCCCGGAACUACCUAGUCGUUGUCGAUUACUUUUCCAAAUUCUUUGAGCUAGCGCCACUGAAGAAAACUGCAACCGCAGACGUCAUCUCGAAGCCGAUAUUUGCAAGAUUUGGGGUUCCCGACGUGAUCCGCUGGGACAACGGACCACAGUUCGCGUCGCACGACUUCAAACGGUUCCUGUCCAAACGCGACAUCAGACACGUGACGUCGAGCCCCUAUUAUUCCCAGGGCAACGGUCAGGCGGAACGAACAGUGCAGACGGCGAAGAUGCUACUUGCAAAAUCACCCAAUGUGCACCAAGCGCUUCUAGCACACCGGUCUACGCCUGGACAGUGCGGUUACUCGCCGGCCGAGCUGCUGAUGGGACGAAAGAUCAAGUCUACUGUGCAAACGACGCCCGACAAUCUUAUUCCACAGUGUAGUCACUUGACCGAGUACAGGAAGGCGUACCACGAGGUGCAGAAGUCUCAAGCGUCCACGUACGACACUCGACGGAGGGCGUGCGAACGCCAGGAGCUGCCAAGCGAAACACACGUUAAGAUCCUGUCUGGAGCAGCAACACACGGUACGAUUUUGGGCACAGGCUCUACUCCGAGGUCCCACGUCGUCCAAACAAGUGCUGGGGUCACAAGGUGCACAAGCAGGCACUUGCAGGCGGAUUCGAGUUCGCAUCGGGAUGACCAGGCGGUCCAGCAGCGCCACAGUGAUCAAACAAUGGGGAAGACCUCCCACGCAUCUCAAAACCAGGCUGAGGGACUGAGAACAAGGUUUGAGAGAAUUGUGAAAAAACCUGAAGGAUACGGUGUUGUAGCACCAUAG